CGUCUUUACUCUGUAUUCAGUCGGUCAAGUGAGUGUUAAAAGAGGGUAAAAAACAACUGUGUGUAUGGAUCAACUUGUGACAAACCUCCUUACAAAUUGGGGGUUCUUCCAAUAUAUUGAUGUGUUUGCAGAAAACCGAAUUGAUACCACAGCACUGACCUUACUGACAGAAGGUGAUGUCGCAAAUCUAGUGCCAGUACUAGGGGACAGAGUUAAACUGUUAGCUCAAUUAACAUUGUGGAAAGCCGACAAUGAGUGUUCAAACAUAAACAGGCUCUCCACUGAGAAGAUUAGUAUUGAGGGAUCAGGUACGGAUCCAGGCAGCCCCCAAUCCUUCCUCACAAAUAUUUCGAGCUUUAUUCGAGAUAACUUUGUGGAAUCUCCACUCCAACAAGCUGCAGCAGGUUCACUUGAGGAACAGAAUUUGCUGUCGCCUCAACACGAGAUUCCACCAACACAUCCCACACCCCCAACACCUAUCUUGGAACAAGAUGAUGCGGCACAUGUAAGGAAUGUUCUGCUAAGCAGUCUGCAGGGCCGUAUUAUAUUAAGCAGCGAGGCUGCCAAAACUGGCCUUCUCCAUCAACGACAAAGAAAGGAGAUUGUAAAAUUAUUAAUUAAUCACGAAUUUGAGCGCAAUCCCCAAGUUCAUAUUACAUUCGCACGGUUCCAAACCCUCGCCAGAGGCAUUGCACAGCUUUUUAACUGUGAAUCACCAGUGCUGUACUAUACAGCAUACAUUUCUGCCCAACAAGGAAAGCCCAAGAGAAACCCAUCCGGCAGUCUGUAUAAUUAUUACUUGAGACAGAGACGUAACCUUAUUAGCAAGCAGGCAGUAGAACCCUUUCGGAAGCGGAAAGGCACCUCUAGCUCCACAACCUCAGAGAACUCGGGAACAGAGAAUAGAAAGGAAGCUCCCAUUGAUUUAUCCACCCUUGGUGCGGGCGAGAGUGAAAGGGUAGAAGAGUCAAUACUUUUCUGCCAAACCGCAGUGGAAGGCGCAACACCUUGGGAGGAAGUGGAACGCCAUUGGGGUUGCACAACUAGGGCCCGGCUGGCGAAACUAUAUCAUAAUCCUGGGAAUCUUCAUGAUUAUAUUGAAGAGUUUCCCAUACUUAAGGGACCCAGCGGAUAUCGACUCUUAGCGUUAGAUUAUCAACGGAUUUUUCCCGACAAAGACGAAGCCUUGCUCCGUGAAUCACUGGAGAGUGUAAGCACAAAGAUUCUUCAGAAGGCCGCCACGAAAUGUACCACUACGAAGGACGAAUUCCUUAAAGAGAACAUUCAGACCUGCCUAUCAAGUGUUGACGAGGUGAAUAUCGAGAGUAAACUAAACACCAGCCUUCUCCUCCUGCCGUACAUCUUUAAUACGGGGACAACAACCAAGAAGAAGGGGAUAAAAGUGAGCAGGGCCGAAGUGAGGGCCAAUUUCAUUCUUCACGUCUCGAACAUCGCAGACCUCGACGCUACGCUUGAAGAUAAGCGACGUCAACUAGAGUCCUGGAAUUUAACUUUUCAACCACUGGUUGUCGUAGUAGGCGAGUCACUCUCAUCACUAGUUGAGUGCCUUGUAAUAGUGGAACGGGUACGGUACAAAUUUGAUUCCCUAAUUUCAGCGGUUGAUAAUACAUUUAAAAUUAUACAUGCCACUGCUGCAGAAUAUCCCCCUUUAGCUUAUGACGUUUGGCUUUUUAUUCAAAAAGGCUUUUAUCGCAUAUCGACUUCAUACGAUAGACCAACUGCAGCAGUGAAAACUUUAUUUGUUGAUCUCGGCUUGAAGGAAAGAUGUUAACUUGUCAUUCUUGCAAGAAACGAUUCCCCUUGGUGAAGGACCUUCUCCUUCACAUAAGGAAAAAUUGUUUCACUCAUUUUCGUAAAUGGCUGGCAUACAAAUGUGGUGAAUCUGGCUGCUU